AUGACCAUCACAUCCAGAGACACCAAGUAAAGCAAGGAGACAUGUCAGAAAGCUCCUCAGGUGUGAACACGAGCAAUAACAGCUUCUCUAAAUCCUAUUCAUCGCACUGCUCUGAUCUAAGCGAAACCAACACAUUUUUUCCAGUCUUGUCAUUUAACAGAAGGGCAUUGCAGCAGAGCUGUGAUUCCGGCAUUUCGUCUCCACUUCCAUGUGAUGCGUUCAAAUAUCUAACUUGGCACAAGUUAAAAGAACAUGAUGUGCAGGGGACUCUAAUUCGUUGUCCUAGAGUUAGAGAAGGGCCGACCGAGGACGAACUUGUAACAAGAGGAGAGGCUCAUCUGUUCCAAGAAGAGACACACACAAACGAUAAAGAGAUAUGGAGACAGAGACUGCAAGAAAACUGGGAGAAUUGUCUGAAUAUAAAUCUGUCUUAUCAAGAUCUUGGGGAUCCUUACCAAGAAAACAACUUUCUGCGUAUUCUUCGCCGUCUAAUAAGAGUAGAAAGACUUUGGUUGGUCGACAACUCAUUAAAAGACUUGAGUGCCAUUCGAUUGCCAAGGUGCAAAGAGUUAAACUUAAGCAAAAAUCACUUUAGGUCCUUUAAGCAGCUGCCAAAGCUUCCUGCAAUCCAGCACUUAUCACUUGCAGAGAAUAACAUUGAAUCUUUGAGUGGGCUUGCAGACUUGAAGCAUUCUCCACUAGAGUCACUUGUUCUGAAGACAAAUCCAUGUGAGUUUUUGGAAGACUACAGGCUACGAGUGUUUUCCAUUUUGCCAAACUUGAAAACUUUAGAUGGAAUUCCAAAACUUCCAGAGGAUUGGUCUGUGACAGAAGAAAGUCAUUUUUUAACAAGCAAGUGUACAAUUUUGUAACCAUUUUCUGUAUUGGUGCCUGAAAUGUGAACUAUUCAAGCAAG